ACCGGCACACCGCACACUUCAAUUAACUGUGCAGAGUUUGUUACAGUAAAUAUGGCUGUAGUUCGCCUGUGCUUCAGCAAGGCCCUUGCCGGCCGUGCGCCAGCUCUGGUGAGGCCAGCGGCAGCCAGUUCUCACGGAGGCCUGAACCUUCGGUCCCUCUUCUCGUCCGAGGCAGCCGACGGCACCGGCAAGACGAGCCAUCAUGAGGUCGCUGUGGCAGACCGUUCAGGCCCCAACACCGCUAGCCAUUGGCCGUGGAGAGACCUCCGAGUCCGAGACUUGGUCCCGUUCCGCCUGGUCGACGGCCUCGGGAGCGCGCUGUCGCAUGUCGCGGAGACGCUGAGCCGGCCGCUGGAGCGGCUGCGGCCGCUGCUGGGGAAGGUGCGGGAGGACGAGGAGGUCUACCGGCUGCGGUUCGAGGUGCCGGGGCUGGGUAAAGACGACGUGCGGGUCACGGUGGAGGACGGCGCGCUGGUCAUCCGGGGCGAGAAGACGGUGCGGGAUGAGGGUGGUGGCGACGGCGGCGAAUGGUGGUCGGCGAGCAGCUACGGGUGCUACCACGCGAGCCUGCUCCUCCCGGAGGACGCGCGGGUGGACGGGAUCACGGCGGAGGUGAAGGACGGAGUGCUGUACGUGUCGGUGCCGCGUGUCCCCGGUAGGGAGAGGAACGUCACCGAGGUGGAGGUCCGGUGAGGACUGCAGUCGGCCACCGCAUAGGAAGGCUGGAAACAGCAGAACAGAUUCUCAAAAAAAAAAAUGAACAUAUUUAGCACUGCUGACCUCCCUCCCUCAAAAACCAAAAAUUGUACUCGUAGAUGUAGUUUUUUUU